GUUCUUGUACUGUGAGUGUUUGAUUUAUUAUUAUUAAACUUUGGGGUUUAUGUUAAAGGAUGUAAUUUGUGGCAGCGCCCCCUGUGGUAAUUUUUAUAUCUGCACUUAUUUGCCCUUGAGCUGGUUUUCUCUCAAGGUUAAAACGGGGUUAUAUUACUCUGACUGGAGUAAAAGGCCUCAUUAAUGUUGUGUUUUCUAUUUUUCUGCCGUCAUUAAUCAAGUUAAACGGGAGGGACACUACUCGCGAAGCACUUAAAAGUAAUAGUAUUACUUUUUAUAUAUAGAAAAUUUUGCGACCCAAAGACAAGACUGUCGCGUUUCUUUGCAGCACCGUCUGUUCCACUGACCGGAGUUCACGCGACACGGCCCACCUCACUCCCCUUCCGGGUCCUUACUGUAACACCGCACCUCGUUAGCGUGGCAUGAUUUUAAAUAAUCAAACAAUAAACGGCACCGUAACAUUACAACAUACACACAGGGCACAUUCUGCAAACCGGGGACAAGAGCGUGAAAAGGGGGCGCGCGCUCGCUCUCACAUUCCCACACAGCUGUGCUGGCGCGAGGGCUCCACGUCACGCGCGCGAGUCUGACCCCGCUCCGCCAUGCCGUUCUGCGCGCGCGGCACGGAGCGCCUGGUUCCGCACCUUCCUCCGGAGGCGCGCGCGCGCGUGUACAAGAGCGAGCGCCAGCGCGAGGGUGAGAGCGUCACACAGACGACCGUCCAACAGCAGAGCGAACGAGCAGCCGGCGGCCGAACAGGAGCAGAAGAUGGCCGAGGACAUCAAGACGAAGCUGGAGAUGUACCGCACGGCGCCCUUCGACGCCAGGUUCCCCAACCAGAACCAGACCAAGAACUGCUGGCAGAAUUACCUGGACUACCACCGCUGCCAGAAGGCGCUCACUGCCAAGGGGGUGGAUGUGACCCCCUGCGACUGGUACUUGAGGGUCUACAAAUCCCUGUGCCCUUCCUCUUGGACCACCCAGUGGGAUGAGCAGAGAGAGCAGGGCACCUUCCCUGGGAAGAUCUGAAUGUUGUCCAAAGAAGUGGUCUUCUGAACCGAAACGUCUGUAUCGGUGGAGUGGGCUCGCCGUACGCGGCCCCACCCCGCUGCCUGCACCGCUCUGAGACGGGCGCAGGCCGUAAACUGAAUGGUCAUUCCUUAAAAAAAAAAAAUCAGCAAUGUAUUGUGUUUCUGCAUUAAAGUCUCAGGCAAUAAAUGACAAUGGAGUGUGAA